AAGGGGGGGAAAAUCAAAUGGGGGGCUAAUAAUUUUGACUUCAAAUACGCUUAUAUUAAAAAGUCAAUUCUAUGUAAUUACUUUGAAUAUGUACUUGAGAUGACUAGAUUAUCCUUUGCAGCAAUCACUCACAAAAGAAAAGAAGCUCUUUAGUGCUGUAUAACUGGCAUUGGUCACCUGAAGGAAGAAGUCAAAAACGUCAUAAACCAGACAAAGAAAAGACUGCAGAACUUUUAUGGACAUCAUGCACAAUUCCACAUUUACAGACAGCAGUUCACAGUCCACAUUAAAUUCUGACCCUGCAAUUACAACAAAAGGACCAGAAGACAACUGCAAUGCUAUGGAGAUCAACUUUAAUGCAGACCCUAAAGACCUUAAGAAUGACAUCUUAACACUAAAUAAGAAAGACAAUAAAGUCAUUCAUAAUUCAGGCUUUCAUGACUGCAAUCUAAGAGCUAAAUUAACUCAUAAAUGUCCAUUUGAGCCUUAUUUAGAACAGUGCACACGAUUGCAGAAAGAAAACCUAGAGGUUAAGAAAAAGCUUAAAAAGAUGGAGAAGUAUUCCAAGGAUUGUGCGACAGAGCUGCAGAGAUUUGUUAAGCGCUUUAAGGAGUUUAAAAGCAUCAACAAAAACCUGGAUUCAAAGAACAAACAACUUCUUAUUAAAAACCAGCAAAUGAGGCAAAGAAUUACAGAGGUUUUAAACCAGAACAAACCUCAAUCUGAACAUCUAGAAAGAAUCACCCAAAGCAAACAACUCGAGAAACAGCAACUUAUAGAAGCAGCUGUGAAAAAUGACUUAGAAGAACUUCCGAUGAAAGAAGAUUCAGCUAGAAUUAAAGAGAGGAAGAUCCUAACACAACUACAACAAGAAAACCUGAUUCUACAAGAGAGACUGGAGCAGAAGUGUCAGGUGAUGAAAUAUGCAGUCAGUAAAGCAGAAAGAGUUCAGACAGAGCUGGACGAAGUGGAAAGCUGUCUGCUCACUCUACAGACUGAGAGGAAUCUACUGCGGCAGGAGGUAAAGAGGCUCCAUGAGGAAUAUAUCUGCCUUACUAACAGCAUCUCACUGCAGAUGAAGAGAAACAGCAACGGUUUCGGGAAAAGCUUCACAGUCUACAACAGCAAAGUCCACCUCUUAAGUGUGCUGAAGGAGGACACACAACAUAACGGAUAGAGAAGAGAAGAGAAGAGAAGAGGAAGAGAAGAGAAGAGAAGAGAAGAGAAGAGAAGAGAAGAGAAGAGAAGAGAAGAGAAGAGAAGAGAAGAGAAGAGAAGAGAAAGAUGAAAUACAAAAACCUGAAAAAAAAUAUCUAGGAAUGUUACUAGAUGCUGUCUGUUUUUUCAUGUAAUUGAGUUUUGAGUAUUUUUAUUACAUUUUUCAUUAUUAUUAUUAUUAUUAUUAUUAUUAAUAAUAAUAAUAAUAAUAAUAAUAUUCUUUUGAGUGUUUAAUUUCUGGUAAAAAAGGUAAUUACCAAUAUUCUGUGAUUUA